AUCUGUACUGGGACAACAUGAUUGAAAGGAUGCUCUCAAUACUGUUAGCAAUACCAAUUAUUUUCUCGGUCCUUGCGGUUUGUCAUGGGAAGGACAUGGCAUCUCUUCCGAACAUAGUCAUUCUUUUUGCUGAUGAUGUUGGCUAUGGAGAUCUUGAAGUUUAUGGUCAUCCAACAUCAUCAACUCCAAACCUCAACAGACUAGCAGAAGGAGGGCUUGUGUUCAGUCAAUUCUAUGCAGGUGCUCCGGUCUGUAGUCCUUCGAGAGCAGCUUUGAUGACUGGUCGGUAUCCCACUCGGUCAGGAAUCUACCCAGGAGUUCUAGUCCCAACCAGUACUGGUGGCCUUCCCCACAAUGAAACGACCAUUGCUGAAAUCGUCAAGACCAAAGGCUACAGCACAUCCAUCAUCGGAAAGUGGCAUCUCGGUGUUGGGGAGAAUGGAACUUACCUACCAACCAACCAAGGUUUUGAUGAGUAUCUUGGAGUGCCUUACUCACAUGACAUGUGCCCUUGCUACAACUGCUUCUACCCCAAUGAUCCAUGUUGGAACACCUGUGACUCGGACUACACCUACUGUCCUUUGUUCAACAAUACUGAAAUCUUGGAGCAACCGGUCAAUCUAACAACCCUGGAUGCUACAUAUGUCCAACGAGCUAAAUCAGUCAUUCAGAGAAAUGCCAAUGCUGGUACGCCAUUUUUCUUGUACUAUGCAUUUCAGCAUGCUCACCACCCGCAGUUCGCAAGCAAGGAGUUCCGCAAUGCAACGGCCAGAGGAACAUAUGGAGACUCACUUGCAGAGUUGGAUUGGUGUGUUGGUCAAGUGAUGGAGCAACUCAAGAUGAGUGGAGUCCUUGAUAACACUCUUGUCCUCUUCACAUCUGAUAAUGGACCCAGCCUGCGAAAUGAAAACAGAGGCGGGAAUGCUGGACUCCUCAAGUGCGGGAAGGGCACCACGUACGAGGGUGGACAGAGGGUACCAGCUAUCGCUUACUGGCCCGAGCUUAUUGCUCCAGGUCGCACUACUGCACUGGCUAGCAAUUUGGACUUUUUACCUACCAUUGCUAAUCUUGUUGGUGCAGAUCUGCCUUCAGUAACUCUAGAUGGAGUAGACAUGGCGCCUAUUCUGUUUGAGGGAAAGCAGGGUGCAAGGGACACAUUCUUUUACUACUUCACUGAGCCCAAUCCUAAGUUUGGAAUCUAUGCAGUCCGAUACAAUCAAUACAAGGCACACUACUACACUCAGGGUCAAAUCAACUCCAAUGAAUUUAACCAUGAUGAGGACUGCCGGCCUUCAGCCACCCGGACGCUGCAUGAUCCUCCCCUGCUCUACGACCUCGACCAUGACCCCAGCGAGAACUACAACCUCUCGUCAAAAGAGUACGGUCCGAUUUUGGCCAAGAUUCAGGAGAUUAAAACGCAGUUUGAGAGCACAAUGGUCUGGGGUGAGUCCCAGGUGCAGAAGCCGAAGAGUUCUGCUGUUGAACCUUGCUGCAAGAAGGACUGUAUUCCCUUCCCAGAUUGCUGCCAAUGUCAUCAGCGAUCAUGGUCAUCAUUGCUUAAAUUAUCAACCUAUGGCAAUAGAGAUGACGGUAAAUUUAGAUGGACUUUGCAUUGAUUCGAUUUUCAUUUGACCUUGGACAUUGAGAAGGUUGAAAAUCUUGAUCAUUGUGAAACAUAAUGCAAAUCUAGCAAGUAAGUUUGUCAUUUGCUGAUAAUGAUGUUAAUAUUAAGUAUUUAUCAGGUGCCGAUUAUCUAGUUGUCUAUUCAAUGCCACGCUAUAAAUUUAUAUUAGCAUCAGCUUUAGCAUCAGCUGCUAAAGGCGCUUGGUGCAUUCAAGGAAUUAAUCCUGCCAGGUACCCAUUCACUUCACCUGGGUUGAGUGCAGCAAAAUUUGGGUAAAUUUCUUGCUGAAGGAAAACACGACAUGGCUGGGAUUCAAACCCAUGUCCCUCUGAUUGAAAGACAGGAGUCGGAACCACAAGACCAGCGCUUCUCAUCCGGUGGGCGGCGGAGCUCUCUCAGGUGGGCAGUGAGAAGCCCUUGAGGGAAAUAAAAAAAUGGGGGAAAAACUUUAGUAUA